AGGUUUUAGUAUAUAUUUAUCAGUGACUAAUUCAUUCAAAUACUUUAUGACCAAUAUUGAGUCAGUUCCGUGAUCCCGCCACCCAGACCGAAAUGAAAGUGUAAUUUCCCGCGUGGGUGGUUACACAGAAUUUGAAACGAUCUUCCCCAUUUGCGCUUUCCAUUUCGUAAUGCGCGAAACUUCAAUUCGUCAUUAUAAUCAUCUAAUUUCUCAGUCUUCAUGCAACAGACCUCGCUGUGUCCUUCUCUAAAAGAGACUACUGACGAGUUCUAUGGCUAACGGACAGUUAUAUCAGAUGAUCGGCAGGAUAUGUGAGGCCCUGAGCUCAGGUGAGUGCAGGAGGCUCCUGUACCUGUGUGGAUCCCUGGACACUGACAGCUGUGGCUCUGAUCAUGUGAGAGAGGUGUUAACUUCCUGGCUGAGCAGAGGACAGGUGGAUCAGCUGUACCUGGUGGAACUUCUGUUCAGACUGAGACGCUUUGAUCUCCUGAAGAAAGUGUUUCACAUUAGUAAACAGGAAGUGGAGGGGAUUCUGGGACAGAACCGAGCUUUGUCAGAGUACAGAGUUUUGAUGUCUGAUGUGAGCGAAGACAUGGGGACAGAAGACCUGGAAUCGCUCAAGUUUCUGCUGAGUGGUUCUUUAUCCAGAGAGAGGCUGACCAGAGUCAAGASUUUCCUGGAUGUCAUAGUUGAACUGGAGAAGCUGGACAGAGUGUCUUCUGAAAGGGUGGAGCUGAUAGAACAAUGUCUGACGGACAUCAGCAGGGUUGACCUGGCCAAGAAGGUCAAAGGGUACCGGAACCUGACAUCAGUUGUAACACCACAACAUAGACCAGUGGUGAUGACUCAGCUGGCCCAGCAGCAGUGGAUCAGGACUCCAUCCAACCCCAUGCCCACUGCCUCCCCUGUAUCAUGCCAUUCAAGACAAGAGCAGUCCACACAGAACACUCCAGAGAACGAAAACAUUGCAGAGCCUGAAGGAAAAAGGCUAUUCUACCAGAGCCCACUGGAUGUUUACAGUCUCCAGUCAGACCCACGGGGUGAAUGUCUCAUCAUAGACUGUGUUGGCAGUGAUGGAGACAUGUUGGAGGAGAUGUUCAACGGGCUCCACUUCAAGGUGACCCUGGUUAAGUGGCCGAGUGUGGGGGAUACCCUGUCUCUUCUCAGGCAGGCUGCCCAACCGAGGGAGAACCAGGAAGUUGAUGCCUUCGCCUGCUGCAUCAUCAGCCGUGGUACUGCUACCGACCUGCUGGCUACAGACUCCAACAGGCUCGGGGUGCGUCUUGACACCGUCCGACACCUCUUCAUCCCUGACUACUGCCCCAGGCUGGCUGGCAAGCCCAAGCUGUUCUUCAUCCAGACCUAUAGUGUGUCAGGCCCCCAGGGCUGCUCCUCCAGGCCCACGGGUCACCCUGCUCACAGGGAGGAGGAUCUGGAGACAGAUGGGUAUGGGGAACCUCUCAGUGUGGAGUCAGUCCCCACUGACGCAGAUGUCUUCUGGAGCCACUGUUGGACAGAUGAGGGUCAGCUGGAGGGGAAGGACCAUCGGUCUGUGUACCUGCAGGCCCUGAAAGGGGCAGUUCUGACAGGACAGAGGAGGAGAACCCAUCUAGUGGAUGUCCAUACAGAGAUGAACGGGGUGAUCUUCGACCACAACAGAAGGAAUCCAGGAGCCAGAUACAACAUUAAUCUGAGACACACACUCAGGAAGAAUCUCUACAUGUUAUAGGAGACAGAAUAUAGUUUGCUCUACUGUAUAACCACUGAGCUGAGGAACCACUGAGGACUACAUUAUAUUAUACAGUAUACAACAGCACCCUCUACUGGCAGCUUUGAUAACCACAACAGCACCCUCUACUGGCAGCUUUGAUAACCACAACAGCACCCUCUACUGGCAGCUUUGAUAACCACAACA